GCUUUGGGCAUUCUGACAAUAGGUGGGAACUGACUAACUGCCACUGACAUCCCCAGUGACACUAAUACAGUGAUCAUUCACUUGAAGUCAGGGGCAGACUGACAACUCAUGGGGCCCCCGGGCAAUAGGGGAUCAUGGGGCCCCUGUGUCCUUGCCCAAACUCAAAAAAAGUCUAUGAAAAAGGUACCAGGGGCAUCUCAUGGGGCCUCCUACUGACCCCAGGGCCUUGGGCAGUGCCAGAGUUUCCAAAUGGUCAGUCCGCCCCUGCUUGAAGUA